AUGACAUUCCCCAUACUUCCACAAGUAUCUUCGAAAGGAGAAAUUUCAAAUUUGGCCGUUGUGGGUAAGGCUCUACUUCCCUUUUCAGCUAUAAAACCACAGAAGCACGUGCUUAAUGAUUACCCUUCCUCCGUUGAUAUCUAUGUUGAAGCUGCUAAUGAAGGAACUGCCCAAGUUGACGAUUUUGUGAAAUUACUCAAUGUCGGAGUCAAGCAGCUUUUCGUUUCUGCUGAACAAUUUGCCUCAGCUAUCGAGGCUGGUCUUCCUUCCUCUAGAUUUGCUGUGGAGGUCACCGAAGUUACUUCUGAAAUUCUUGAUACGAAAGCCUCAAUCGUUUUGUCGCAAGAAGUUGAUGGUGAGACGCUCAAAAAGAUCAGCUCUGAUGGAAACAGACCUAUUUACUAUAAGGGCGCCGUUACCCAGGCUUCUGCCGAGAAAUUAGCCCUGUUGGGUCUCAUUGUCGUUGCUCCAGCCUCCCAAUUGACUACUGCCACUGAAUCGUCUGAUAAGAUCGCCAUUUCUAGUGUUUUUGUGUCAACCUUGACUACUGACAGACCUGAUGGUCUCUACACCACGUUGAUCACCACGCCUGCUCCAUCAUACACGGCGUUGGGUGUGGUUUAUUCAUCAGAUGCCUCCAUCAAGGCAGCUAUUGCCGAGGGUGAAGGUGUGUACCAAUCUAGAAAGAGAAAGGAGGAGUUGUGGUACAAGGGCAAGACUUCCGGGGCCACGCAGAAGCUUGUCAAGUUGGAGAAGGAUUGUGACAGCGAUUUAGUCAAGUUUAUCGUUGACCCCAGACCAGGAUACGGCUUCUGUCACUUGUCCAACAACUUUACCUGUUUCCAAGAUGGAGACUUGACCGAAUCUGCAGAAACUUUUGGAAGCGGAUUGGCCAAGUUGGAUGCUACUUUGGCAGACAGAGUGGAGAAUGCUCCGGCUGGGCUGUACACCAAAAGACUUUUCGAUGACGAGAAGCUUUUGGUGGCCAAGAUGAAGGAAGAAUUGGACGAAUUGAUCGAGGCAGGUCAGUCCAACGACAAAAAUGAGAUCGCAUGGGAAGCUGGUGAUUUGUUGUACUUUGUACUUGCUUACUGUGUGAAGAACGGUGUCAGAUUGGCUGAUAUCGAGAGAGAGUUAGACCUCAAGAGUCUUAAGGUGACCCGCAGAAAGGGAGAUGCUAAACCACAGUACGAGGAAAAGAAGCCAGAAGAGAAGCAGCCAGUGAAGACUGAAGAAGCCACCCAGACUAAUUCUCUCGAAACUUACCAGAUGGAAGUGAUUCGUGCAGAUUCAUCCUCCUCGAAGGACAUUCAACGUGCAUUGACCAGGCCAGUGCAGAAGACCUCCGAUAUCAUGAAGUUGGUGCUUCCAAUUGUCCAGCAGGUUCAAAAGGACGGUGACAAGGCCCUUGUUGCACUCACCGAGAAGUUUGAUGGCGUCAAGUUGGAGUCUCCAGUUCUUAAGGCCCCAUUCCCAGCUGACCUCAUGGACAUCACCGAGGACAUGAAGCAGGCUAUUGAUUUGUCCAUGAGCAACAUCGAAAAGUUUCACAGAGCACAGUUGCCCAAGGAAGAGGUAAUGACUGUAGAGACUUCUCCUGGAGUUUUCUGUUCUCGUUUUGCCAAACCCAUCGAGAACGUCGGACUUUAUGUUCCAGGAGGUACUGCCGUGUUGCCAUCUACCGCCAUGAUGUUGGGAGUGCCUGCUAAGGUGGCUGGGUGCAACAACAUUGUCAUUGCUUCGCCUCCUGCUCGUGCUACUGGUAAGUUGACUCCGGAAGUUGUCUAUGUUGCACACAAGUUGGGUGCCAGUGCUAUUGUCAUGGCUGGAGGUGCCCAGGCUGUCACUGCCAUGGCAUACGGAACUGAAUCCGUUGUCAAGUGUGACAAGAUCUUGGGUCCUGGUAACCAGUUCGUCACCGCAGCCAAGAUGUAUGUUCAGAACGAUACCCAGGCCUUGUGCUCCAUCGACAUGCCUGCUGGACCUUCAGAGGUAUUGGUGAUUGCCGAUGGAACUGCUGAUGCUGACUUUGUGGCUAGUGACUUGUUGUCGCAGGCCGAGCACGGAAUUGACUCUCAAGUGAUCUUGAUAGGUGUGGAUCUUACACAAGAAAAGAUCAAUGAGUUCGACGAAGCAGUGCGCAGACAGGCGUCUGUGCUCCCAAGAAAGGAGAUCGUGGCCAAGUGUUUGGCUCACUCGUACACUUUGUUGGUCAAGGACUACGAAGAGGCAUUUAAGUUGAGCAACCAGUAUGCUCCAGAACACUUGAUUUUGCAAAUUGAGAACGCCGAGUCGUAUGUCCCAUCACACAUCGAGAACGCUGGUUCGGUCUUUGUUGGAGCCUUGUCUCCUGAGUCUUGUGGAGACUACUCCAGUGGAACUAAUCACACACUUCCUACUUAUGGAUAUGCCAGACAAUAUUCUGGGGUGAACACUGCCACGUUCCAGAAGUUCAUCACGUCGCAGAACGUCACCGAGGAGGGUUUGCGCAGCAUAGGUAAGGCGGUGAUGACUUUGGCUGCCGUGGAAGGCUUGGAGGCUCACAGAAACGCCGUUCAGGUGAGAAUGGACAAGCUUGGAUUGCACUAA